CGAAGUUGUCUAGAAAAGUAGUAGUUGUGGGGCGUGAGUCUCGAAAAGGAUUAUUAAUGGCCUCAACUGGUGAAAUGAAGCGUAGAGACAAGGAUUGCAAACUUGAUUGCAAAGAUCUUAAGCUGUCCACUUGUAAGAUCAAGAAGGUUGGAAUUGGAGGUCCUCUUAUCAGUUUUGAUGGGAGUUUUGUUGGCAUGAACUUCUUUGAUGGAAGGAUGUUAACUCCUUUCCUGCCAAGGAGUAAGAUUGUCCAAGUUUUAGGAUCUAAGAUUAGUCUAUCGCUUCCAUCGGAAAGGGGGGAUCACGUUCCUGUGCACUUAAAAGAUACCGGUGGGGAGCCGCGAGACAACAGGUGGCCUGUGCCCGAGCUAUAUUGGUACCAUGGUCUACUUGAUGUGGAUAGGAAUUUUCACAAGCAUAUCGGAACGAUACUCCAAUAA